GGUAACUAGUGGAAACCUAUGUUCUUGGCGGGGAUACGGAGUAACUAGUUACCACUGAGGUAUAAUAAGAACGGUAACGUUAGCUACUAGCUAGCAGUGAAAGCAGCGUGGGGAGUUUGGUCGAGUAAAUACUACCAAGCGAGCUAGUGGCACUAACGUUUCUGGGAAAUGUAUACUGAAUGCAUAUUCUAACUAACGUUAACUCUUCAGGCUAUCGAUAGCUAGUUGACUAGCUAUAUCGUCUUCCCUGCACAAACGUCUAGAUAUCGGUUUAUGUCCAGCAGCGUUAAAUAGGCAUCUUUGGGAAACGAAAUAGCCAACCAGGUCACAGAAGCGCAGUGUGGUUGACAGCUCCGGACCGACCCAAACGAGUGUUUUCUCUGGCCGUCAUUUCCAUCAGUCUCUGAGGAUGGUUCUGCUAAGGAGUGUCCCUCCACCCAGCGAGGGAGUCCGGCAUGAACAAGCCGAGACCACGGCGGUGUUGGACGGGAAGGGCCUCGGCGCAGGAACGCUCUACGUUGCUGAAACGCGAUUGUCGUGGUUUGACGGAUCAGGGAUGGGCUUCUCUCUAGAGUACCCCACUAUCAGCCUGCACGCCAUCUCACGAGACCUCAGCACCUACCCACAGGAACAUCUAUACGUCAUGGUCAACGCCAAACUCAACGAUGAGAACGAAGCAGAGAUGCAGGAGAAUGCCCAUGAUCAGGAGGAUGAGGAUAACAGCAGUGAGGAAGAUGAGUCUGAGGGGAUCACAGAGAUCCGCUUCGUCCCUAGAGACAAGGCAGCAUUGGAGUCUAUGUUUUCAGCGAUGUGUGAGUGUCAGGCCCUGCACCCAGACCCGGAUGAUGAAGACUCCGACGGGGACUUUGACGGAGAUGAGUACAAUGUGGAAGAAGCAGAGGCAGAGCAUGGUCAGGGUGAUAUCCCGUCAUUCUGUACAUAUGAGGAGGGUGUGUCGGGUCUGACGGCUGAAGGCCAGGCUACUCUGCAGAGACUGGAGGGCAUGUUAGCUCAGUCUGUUGCUAACACCUUUCACAUGGCUGGGGUCCGCACUGAUGAGGCCAAUGGAGAGUUUGACGAUGGGAUGGAGGUGGAUGCAGGGUCGACGAUGGCCGGACAGUUUGAAGAUGCAGACGUAGACCACUAAUGGAACUCAAUUCUACUGCCAGUCAAAGCACUUGUGGGAUAGGAGGAGAAUACAAUCUCUCCACUUCCUGAUUUUCUGUUCAUCUCAACAUACACAGAAUCUUCUCUCGUGUUUUGUACCUGAAGACCAGUUGUACAGAGAUUUCCCCAACAGGGAACAUUGUUGCCUUUGUAUGAAAUCUCUUCAUUAAACACG